AGGCAUGCAGAGAUGAAAUAGAUCUGUCUUUGUACAGUUCAUAAUAUAUAAUAGAUCUGUUGUAACUAGUCGUGCAAUCUGAUCAUGUUCCUAGGACGUUUCAUGCUGUGAUGUGAAUCCUCCUUACUGGAACUUUAGAGGACGUGUACUUGUGAAUAAGGUCAAGAAUAAAGUUGAAUCAUUUGAGGAAGAAAACCAAAAAGUUCUCUCGAGCCGACGACGGAGCCAGACAAUCGCCUUUGCACCCUGCAACAAUGCGUGCAUGUUCGUUCACAUGGAGAAAUGGAGAGCUAGUCCGAAGCAGCGAUAUAUGCCCACCACCAGCAUCAGUGGAUCACCCUCGGCCCAGGCACGGCAGACAUGGUCAUCAAUGCCUCGGUGGUUACGAUUUCUGUCCAUCGGGUUCAUGAUUCUGUUCGUGUUACCCGAAAAGAUCCAGGCGACAGUGAACAUGAUCAACCAGUGCGGGCGGACUAUCCACUCAGCAGGCGACAUGAUCUUCUCACAGGGCGGGCUCUACUACCCUCCCAACAUCAACUGUACGGUUACCAUAGCAACGCCCAGUGGUGACGGCCGGGUACUCUUACAGCUUCAUGAGAGUGAGCUGAUGUCGGAUGAAGACUGCAGCGAUGACUACCUCGAGAUCAGUGACAUCAGAGCAAGGGAUGACGACGGUAACGAUGUCGACUCUCGGAGGAUAUGCGGUACGACGUCCCCCAUGGAAGUGGCGUCACAGGGCUCCUCUCUCCGCAUCCAUCUGGUCUCGGAUGGGGUCGGGAGUGGGCGUGGCUGGUCCGGGGUCUUCACGAAUGUGUUAUCAGCAGGUAAGCUUCCAUUGGAUAAGGAGGCGGGUUUCAGACAAAGGGAAAAGGGGUCAGAUGUGUAUACGCUUUGGCCUACGUAA